UAUUGGGUCUGCUGUGAGUAUCAAGAUCAGUUAACAUAAGUAAACAAGCAGUGAAAAAAAUACAUGAAUAGUCAAACACUUUCUAUGACUCAACCAAAAAGUGUAAUUAUCUUUGUAACUUAAAUGUGUAAAAAGUUAAAGCUGGUGCAUCUUACAUGCUUGUAGUAUUUAGCUGGUGAUGUUUUGUGUUAUAGCCUUGAAUGCACCUCUAGUCUAUGCUAGACUACUUUCCCGCUGUUUAUUCACUCUAAAUCGACGUGUGGCGUCACUGAGCCUUCUAUUAUGACGACUGCCCUAUUAAGAAUGACAGCGCGUGAGGAGAGAGAGGGCAAUGGUGAGCCCUCCCAGAGUUUGUGCAGCACUCUCGAGCGCUAAGAUCGCACAGCUUCUCGUCUGCGUUUGCUGCUCCAAACUGUCUUACCAAGCUCCAGGAGAUCUGUCACUCUGCUCUCGUCUAACGGUUAUGGACAGCGCUAAGGACAUGCUGAUGCGCGCCGAGGGUGGUCAGUUCGGCACACUGUCUGCCAAAACUGGCUCUAAUUCGACAGAGGCUACUGGAGACCCCAUGCGCAAGCUACCGGACAAACCGAUUAACCAGAACAACCCCGUGCCUUAUUCGCAAAACCUAGUGGAUGACGCGACAAUGGGACAACGUAGCGGAAAGUACGGAGAUGUGUCACUUGCUAGCAAGCCUUCCGCGCCGGAUAGAGACCUGUCAGACAUCCCUAACAAAGAUGCCAGCAGCUCAGAUGCGGAAUCAGACCUCUAUGAGGAAAUAGAUGUCAGCUGUACGCCAGAGAGCAUGGAUUACCCGAGUGGACAAGGACUGGCAAUGGGCUCGCCGAACCACGGUAAAGAUGUCGGUGUGGACAAUAAGAUGGGCUCAGGCCCUUGUGCUCUCAACUAUGGUUCUGACCAGAUGCGAAGGUAUCGAACCGCAUUCACGAGGGAGCAGAUAGCACGACUGGAGAAAGAGUUUUACCGGGAAAAUUACGUGUCAAGGCCACGUAGGUGCGAGUUGGCAGCUGCCUUAAAUUUACCGGAAACAACAAUAAAGGUUUGGUUUCAGAACCGUCGCAUGAAGGACAAGAGACAGAGGCUGGCUAUGACUUGGCCGCAUCCUGCCGACCCCGCCUUUUACACCUAUAUGAUGAGCCAUGCUGCAGCUACCGGCAGCCUGCCCUAUCCGUUUCAAUCUCAUCUUCCUCUACCAUAUUAUUCUCCACUUAGCAGUGUGUCUGCAGGUUCAGCCUCUGCCACCGGGGGUCCAUUCUCCAAUCCUCUGCGCUCACUGGACAGUUUUCGGGUGCUAUCACAUCCAUACCCGCGUCCUGAGCUGCUGUGCGCCUUCAGACACCCAUCACUGUACCCCAGCCCGGGUCAUGGGCUUGGUCCCGGGGGAAGCCCAUGCUCUUGCCUUGCCUGUCACGCUGCCAGUCAGUCAAACGGGCUGCCACAUAGGUCCAACAACCCCGACUUCUCGUGUUCGCCCACUACCAGGACUGAGGCCUUCCUCACGUUCUCGCCAGCAGUCAUCAGCAAAUCAUCUUCAGUGUCUUUGGACCAGAGGGAGGAAGUGCCACUAACCAGAUAAGAUGACAGCAGGAGGCUACAGUUUCUUUGGGUACUAUCCGGAUCAGCUUUGGACACUCUGGCAGUAUUUAUAUGUCAUCGCAUGAACUACUCAAAGCAGCUUGCAAACAACAGCAAUUUGCUUUAGUUAAGUUUCGAAACUGGGGAUGUUUUCCAAUUAAGAAGCUAUAUGUUGUGCAGACGGAGUCUACUUAUACACUGUCAGGCCACGGACAAAAUAAUCUUUGGAGAAAUUAAAUAUUGAUAACAGAGAUAUAAUAUUAACUCAAACACAUUUUAAGUAGGCCUACCACACCCUAUAAACAAAAAUGUGACAGGAGGACAGGAGACAAGGACAUUUAUUUGUAAAAAUGAGUGGAUAGCGCAAAAAAUCUAUCAUAAUUUACACUCUCUCAUACCCAUACAAAUUGACCCACAUGCAGUUUAUUUCACAUUAAAACGAUGUUUUUCAUCUAGCCUUUUAACAAGGGGAUUUGUUAACCGAGCACGGUUGGCUCAUUAUUCCUCCUCCACGAACACCCGGUCCCGGUAGCACACCGAAAUGUGCAGAUGCGAGGGAAAUUAAGGAGUGAUGUAUUCGGAAGGGAGAAAUUUUGAAUGUUGAAUUAAUGAUAAUGCUGCACGCUCAGAGACUUGUCUGCCAAACCGGUAACAAGGCGCCAGGGGAGCGGAUUAAGAAGCUCCAUGCGAGACUUGCUGGCUUGACGGGAGAACAUGCGCUAGAGAUCCAUUGGACAAUCACAUGCGGCAAAUUGGGGCAAGCCAGAGAUGCCUGUCUUACCCGCACACCGUCAGCUGAAUACCCCCAUCUCGGAGCGUCUCUUCUCGGCCUUGCUGUUGGCUUCACCUUCAAACGGAGACAAUACAAAUAAACACACAAGUUAAAUGCUAACUCAAGCUUAAAUGACGCUAUUUAUGGACAUCAUCAGACGUGGCAUUAUUUAUUGAUUUAUUGACCACAAUGUUUUAACAUUUAUGUAUUUUGAGUUCAACUGCUGCAUCAAGGUUUUUUUAUUGUACAGUUUACGUAGGCUAUUCCUACUCUGCUCAGUUAGGUUGAUUUCAGGUUUUGGAAAAUGCGCGAAAAUGGGUCAG